AUGGCCUCCGACUCAGGCACACCCCCUCCUCCACGGGAGCCGACCCCGGGCGGCUCCCUUCCUUCUUCGACUGCAAUCCCCUUGAAGAGGCCAGCUCUCGAAGAAGAUUUCACUCCUUCUGUACCUUCGCCACUCAACCCUGACGUCAGAUCUACACCAAGACCAUUAGGCGUCGACGAGAUGCCAGCAAAGCGCAACAAGAAGGAGUCGCUGAAGAAGCGCGAGUCCAAGGGUGCCUUUGGCGGCGACAGCAACCGUGGCACGCCGGACCCCAAGCAUCGCGAACCUAAGCAGUCCGACUACAGUCCGAUGCGCUACAAGCUGGCGCCUCCUAAGCCUUCCGACUUUGAACCUGCUCGCGGAGCCAGCUUCACCCAUCACCAUGACGUCCCUGCUUUGGACGGAACCGAGAUCCGGUUCUACGAGACGUCGGAGCAUGUUCACAACAAGAAAAGCUACCACUACACUCACUGCAUAGCGGACCCCGGGUUCCCCUCGGCACUAUACUACCGCGGUACCGAGGCAGAGCCCACGGGACCUCAUCUCAGCUUCGAGGACAGCGCAACUCAUCUGUUCUUUGACCGGACGGGCCUCCAUAUUACUACGAACAAGGGUUUCCGCAUGACGCGUGCGAAUGUGGCAAUCCGAGAGGGACGGUUUUACUGGGAGACCAAGAUUACAAGAGGAAUUGUCGACAAGACGAGCGGAGAUGAGAAGCACGAAUCGCAUGGCCAUGUGCGCAUGGGUUUCGCGAGAAGAGAGGCGACUCUGGAUGCCCCGGUCGGAUUUGAUGCAUACAGCUACGGUGUGCGCGACGUGGGCGGCGAGAAGGUGUACAUGUCACGACCCAAGGCCUUCUUCCCCGAGGGAGAGGGCAUCCGGGAGGGCGAUGUCAUCGGCCUGGAGAUUCAGCUACCCUCGGAACGAUUGCAGCGCAAGGUCCUGGCUGGUCAGUACAACCCGGCGGUUGAUACCGGCUUGGACGAUGACAGCACAAACUUUGAUGCGCCGAAUAUCGUCCGCGAUCGUAUCCCGAUUCGCUUCAAGUCACACAUCUACUUUGAAAAGAUUGACUACCACACAACCAAGGAGCUCGAGGACCUCAUGAACCCCUCGCCCGUGUCCUCUGGCCCCGCCAACUCGGUCGAAGCGCCCAACCCUAACCACGCCGUUCCCGCCCUCCGUACGCUUCCCGGAUCCUUCAUCAAGGUGUACAAGAAUGGUGUGCUGAUGGGCACCCCAUUCACUGACCUCCUGGCCUUCCUGCCCCCGGCCUCCAAGCCGCAAGGCCAAAUCGGCGCUCGCGAGGGCCUCGACAACGGCAUGCUCGGCUACUAUCCCGCCGUGAGCGUCUUCAGAGGCGGUGCUGCCGAGGUCAACUUUGGUCCCGACUUUUGGUUCCCGCCACCCGGGCUUGAAGACGGUCCCGACGACAAUGAGGUCUCGAUGAUCGAUGCCGGACAAGAAGAGUCCAAGAAGCCGGCGCCGUUGUCGUCGUCGUCGUCCGCGUACCCUGGUUUGGAUCAGGUGCGGCCCGUCUCGGAGCGGUACACGGAGCAAAUUGUUGAGGAUAUCGUUUAUGACAUCAUUGACGAAGUCGACUUCUGGAUCCAGGAUGGCUGCAAGGUCAUUGAUCGUUUCGGCGGCCAGGGCGAGAAGGCUGGCCAGACGGGCAGUCUUGCGGCCGGUGGACGUGAGGAGAUUAAGGAGUUGGUCCAGGAUGACUGA